AUGGCGGCGAACUAUAUAGUUAACGUGCCGAAACUUAAAGGAAGAGAGAACUACGACGAAUGGGUAUUUGCGGCAGAAAAUUUCUUAGUUCUGGAAGGAAUGAUGAAGUGCAUCAAGCCAGAAAGAGAUACGAACGGUACAGAAGUAGCUGUUUCGGCCGCAGAUGAUGCUAAGACAAAGGCAAAACGACUAGCCGCGGCGGUGACUACGUCGGGCGAGGUUUGGCAUCGGAGAAUGGGUCAUGUUCACAGUGAUUGCUUAAUGAAGACGAAGAAUGCAGUAGAAGGCAUGGAUUUAAACGAAAAAGUUGAUAUCACCAAAUCAUCUUGCAAGACAUGCUGCGAGGGCAAACAGUGCCGGCUGCCCUUCAAGCAUGGUAAGACACCAUAUGAACUGUGGACUGGGAUGAAGCCAGAUCUAAGCAACAUAAGAAUAUUUGGUUCUCCAGUCAUGGUUCAUAUAGAGAAACAAAAGAGGACCAAAUGGGAUAAGAAGUCACGUGAGUGUAUAUUACUUGGAUAUCCUGAUAAUAUAAAGGGAUAUAGAAUAUAUGAUCCAAAAACAAAGAAAAUCUCUACAAGCAGAGAUAUUAUAGUGAUGGAAAAGCCCUCAGAAUCAUAUAGUAUUAUGGAGGUUGAAAAUAAAGAUAAAGAAGAAGCAAAGGACCAGGAGCUGCAAGAUUCAGUGGGGGAAGAAAACACAGAAUCGACACUGACAGAAGAGUCAGCAUCGGAUACAUCUAGUGAGUAUGUUCCCAGUGAGUAUGAAGACACAAUUGAUACUACUAAAGUCAUUGCGGAUACUGCGAAGGUGAUAUCCAGACCAAAUAAUAUUAUGGACAGCACAAUGGAACUGACAUUGGAAGAAGCCUUGAAAGGGUCUGAGAGGGACCAAUGGUUACAGGCAGUCAGGGAAGAACUUAAGUGCUUUGAAGAAAAUUGUGCGUGGGAAGUAGUUGAUGUUCCUAAAAGUGUAUUGUGUAAAGUAGUUUUAAAAUUCGCCAAGCUGGAGGAUCUAAGCACAAUCGAGGUGCAGGAGACACUGGGGGAGGCUAAUCUCAGUGCGAGGACGUUAGAGUGUUUGGUGAAGAACGAUGGGUUAGGGGGGAACUACUGCCCGGCUUACUACGACGGGCUGCUGUGCUGGGACCCCACGCCGUGGAACACGAGGGCCAUUCAGAAGUGCUUUAGCGAGCUAAAUGGAGUCCAAUAUGACGAUACGCAAAACGCCUCGCGGCAUUGCGCGGAAGGCUUCUGGCACAACUACUCGGACUACUCAAACUGCACAGAGCGUACCUCCGACACCUCUGCGACGGACGUCACGAGCCUCAUCUACCUCGCCGGCUACUCGCUCAGCCUCGCUGUGCUGUCGCUGGCCGUCUUUGUCUUCCUAUACUUCAAAGAUCUAAGAUGUCUACGAAAUACAAUACACACAAAUCUCAUGUCGACUUACAUUCUGUCAGCAUGCAGUUGGAUACUAAAUUUAUCUCUACAGAAUUGGUCGGACGAGGCGUCGCAAGAUCAAACGUCGUGUAUGAUUCUCGUUAUUUGUAUGCACUAUUUUUAUCUCACCAACUUCUUUUGGAUGCUCGUUGAAGGUUUAUAUCUAUAUAUGCUAGUCGUGGAAACAUUUACUGCAGAAAAUAUAAAGUUAAAAGUCUACACCACUAUUGGAUGGGGCGCGCCGGCGGUGUUCCUAACGAUAUGGGUGAUAUCGCGGUGUCUCGUCACCGUGGUGCCCUCCACCGGCUCAGACGGGCUGGCGCUGGCGGGUGAGGCAAAGGUCUGCCUCUGGAUGCACGAGCACCAGGUGGACUGGAUCCACAAGGCGCCAUCGCUCAUAGGGCUCGCGCUCAACCUCUUCUUUCUAGUCAGGAUCAUGUGGGUUCUCAUAACGAAACUGCGGUCAGCCAACACUCUAGAAACAGAGCAGUACAGGAAAGCAACAAAGGCUUUGCUGGUGCUGAUACCCCUGUUGGGUAUCACCAACUUGCUGGUGCUGUGCGGCCCCAGCGACGACUCGUGGUUCGCGGCGGCCUUCGAAUACACGAGGGCACUGAUGCUAUCCACACAGGGUUUCACCGUAGCAUUGUUUUAUUGCUUCAUGAACACAGAAGUACGACACGCUAUUAGGUAUCACGUAGAACGGUGGAAGACCGGACGGGCGAUAGCGGGAGGCCGGCGGAGAGGCGCCUCGUACUCCAAGGACUGGUCUCCGAGAUCCAGGACCGAGAGCAUACGGUUGUACAGCCACCCGUCGAAGCGAGAGUCGGCCGCGUCCGAAACCACGACCACUACACUACUGGUGCCGCGGCACUCGCUGGCUCCCCACCAUUUACACGUCGAGUAUACCGGCAGCGGUAGCGCCAGCGGCGACCAGUCGCCCGUGUGAGGUGAGAGGCGAGGGGGGCCCCCGCGACUACGCACUUUGCCCGAGGAAGACGCACCUGCCUCGCCCGCCUCUCUCGCUCUCUUCAACUGUCCUUUCGACGUGCCUAUUAUCUCUGUUCAGUGAUUGACUCAUGCGCGGUCCCCAGUGUGAGAAAAGAAGCAAGGGGGCUCCAGCGACUACGCACUUUGCCCGAGGAAGUCGCAGCUGUCUCGCCCGCCUCUCUCGCUCUCUUCAACUGUCCUUUCGACGUGCCUACUAUCUCUGUUCAGUGAAUAUUCGCUCCGUGCAAGACUGUGGCGCCACCUUAGUGGGUGUCAGACAUUGUUUAUAUGACAGUGAGCAGCUGCCAAAUAGUAUGAAGAUGUCGUGGCAUCGCUUGUACUCCCACCACCAACUUCGCACAUAGCCAAUAUAUCUCAAUGCUUGGUGUGGAACAGACUAGAAGAACGCGUCACAUUUCUCUCUUGGUCUCAGCUUCAUCUGUACCUUCCACGCGCCUACGAUCUCUAUUUAGUUUAGGUAGAGCCAUUUCCAGCCCGCAAAGCCAACAUGCCAAUCGUUAACACUCCAUAGCGUAGCGUAGUCGUGUAUCUAUCACUCUUCCAUAUUAGUGCGAAAGUGACAGUUGCGUUUCGUUUACUACGGAGCGUUAACGAUUGUCACGUUGGCUACGCGGGCAGGUGUGAAAUGAAUGGAAAAAGCCGCGUCGCCCGUCUCUCUCGCCUUCAAAUCUCAACCUUUCGAUGUGCCGUGCCUAUGUUCAGUGACUUUGUGUGGAUGUUUCUAAAAUGCUUGCGAGUACGGUCACAGACUGUUGAUCCAUCUAAGGUUCAAGCUAAUUAUGCUAUCAAUACUUACGGUAUAAAAUGUACAUUAUUAUUAUUAUUGAAGUUUGUGGGCCUUUGAGUGCCACGUCGACCAGGCAGUGAUCUAUUGUGAAAGCCCUUUAAAGUUCAUUACUAAUGCCCGUUGAAUCCAGGAAAUUCCAGAUUCUUUGGGUAAUUCUUUUUGACAUUAGUGGUCCACAGGAACAGAUAAUGUGCAUUGCAGUCUCCUCUGACUCCUUGCAGAACCUGCAUAUCGCAUCUUGUUUCAACAAGAAGAAAUGUCCAUUGUCCAAUGUAAAGUAAACCCUAAAUGGCUCAACAAUUAAAGUCCGUGACCAUUCAUACCGUGACCGUGUACCAUUCAUAGGUACAAUUAUUGAUGUGCAAGUUGCGGAAAAUUUCCAAAAAGUUGGAAAAGUUCCCGGAAAUAUUAAGAAAAUUUCACAGGGAGUAAAGGAAACUUUAAUUUUGGAUAUGGAAAUUUCGAUACCUAUACAAAAAUAUGAGGAGUUUCCGAAAUUAUUCUAAGUGGCAAUUUAGCAAUUUUGGAAACUUACCGACGACACAGUAGGUACAAUUUAGGUACAAAGUAGGCGAAAUUGCAUGGAGAAAUUAUGAAUGAGUUGAUUGAUAAAGUCGCCAUGCACUUUUGCAGCUGAUGGUGCCAUGUAAGUAUGUUUGCUUAUAAAAAUGUCCUACAAAGUAGAUUGUAUCGAUAGAUCCUUAACCGAAUUUUAUAACAAUAAAGUUUUGACGUUGGUGUCGACUCGAGUAGUCCGGCUAGUUAAACAAAUUUGUAAAUUUGGAUAAUAAACGCCUUCCGACCUGGUUUUCAACAAUUUUGUAAUGAUUCCUUAACCCAUUCAACGCUAACGACACGUCAUUUUGCGUCUACGAAGCAUUUUCGCUACAUACCGGGAAAUCCAUGUUAUCGGCUACGAUGUAGCGCUACCACCGUAGCUCAUCGGUCAAUCGGCCCGAUUCGAGGAAUGAGAUACGAUAACGAUAAGUUCUGGUUGUGAUAAGUUCUCAUUUAGAUAUCGUUUAAAUGUCUUAUAAUUGACAGAAGAAGCUCGAUUCGGGCAACCAAUGUCACUUUGACGUUAGAAAUAUCGUUGAUAGACUUAUUGGGAUCACAGGUUAUAAUCGAUCUUUUAAAGAUCUUAAACGUAUUUUAAUCAUUCUUCGAAUCAGGCUGUCUAUCAUUCUUCGAAUCGAGCCGAGACAGGGAAACCCAUGUUAUCGGCUACGACGAAGCGCUACGAUCGUAGCUCAGCAGCGGUCAAUGUGUUGUACUGUAUCAGCGCGUCCUACGCGCUACGACCGUAGCCGAUAAUGUGGGAAAAUGCGUAUGUAGCGAAAAGCUACUACGGACUGAGCGCCCGCCUGGCGGGACGCUGCCAAUGAAUGCUUCAAGAGUCACGCGAACGUAGCCGCCGCCAUACAAUCCAAUACCAUGAAAUUUGACAUGAACAUUCAAGUGACAUAUAUCUAUGCUGGUACCAGUUUUCCAGUAUACGUUCUAUUUACAAAACUUCUACUAACUCCAUUUUAUUUGUAAUAUUUAACCAUUUUUAGCACCGAAAACAGAAAUGAACGGCCCGAUUCGAACUAUGAGAUACGUCAAAAAUUUCCUAAACAUAUGAUAUGGAUUGGAUAUGUCAGUGUCAAAAGUGGUGUUUCUCAAACAAAAACGCCACUUUUCAAUUUCAAUGUAUUUAUUUCAGACUCUGGGUCCAUAAAAUUGUUAGUAUUACAAGUACUUAAAUUUAGGAGUUAGUGCCUACAUGCUAUUCAAACAAUAAAUAAUAAUCAAAACUAAGUAACAUAAAUAAUAAUAAUAAUAAUAAGCCGAUAAGGACAAGUCCAGUAAGUACCUAGACUUGGCUCACGAGAUAACCGCCAUGUGGGAUGUUGAUUCGACGAUCAUUGUCCCGCAAUUCGUUUCAGCGAAAGGUCUGAUAGCGAAGAGUCUCAACCAACACCUUGAGAGACUCUCGCUAGGUGGUUGGAUCGAGAGUCAGAUGCAGAAGGCGGUAAUCUUGGACACGAUAGUACGUCGGUUCCUCUCUCUGCGGCCCUGACCACCGGCAGCUUAGGCCCUGCCCCGCUGCUGGCAGCACCAUAGGUUAGGUUUUUUAUAAUGUGUUUAUAUGUAUUUUGUAUCGUUUUGUAAGUAUUUUUAUAUUUUACAUUUAUAAAUAAUCAUAUUAUAAAUAAUCUAACCUAAGAUUUUAAACGAAUAAGGGAGUUAAAAAUAAAUAAAUAAAUAUUAUAGGGACGUUCUUACACAAAUUAACUCCCACGGUAAGCCAAGAAGGCUUGUGUUGUAGCCUGUGGGUAAUAAAAUUACAUUGAAUCACAUUCAUAUCCUAUACAUUCAUUCCUACUUAACAUUUUAAAUUAGAGGUCUGCGCUUGUAUGGACAUAAUUCCAGUGCGUCCUAACAGGGCAAUCAUAUUUUUCAAGAACAGCACUCAGGAGGCUAUUGGUACUCCCUCGUACGUUACUCUGCGCAUCAGGGAGGCAAGACGUUUCCGCAGUAUUAUUUUAAAGCCAUCCGUGACUUGACAUUAACAUAUCCAAAUCCAUAUCGUAUCUUUAGUAAAUGCCUGACGUAUCUUAAAGUUCGAAUCGGGCCGUUAGACAUAGAUAUUACGUAAAUGUUCAUGCCGAGUUUCAUGUAAGGUCAGCCAGGGCAAUUGCAACUGUGGGAUAAUUGCAACUAUGGGGCAAAUGCACUAUUAAUUAUGAUGAAUACAACAGGCUAGCUCAUUACUUCUUGUAUUUUUUAGAGUUAAUAGUUGCAUUGGUCCCAUGGUUGCAAUAGCCCUGGGUGACCUUAAGAGAUUAGAUUAAAAGAUUAAGAUAUUUAUUAAUAAAAUUAUAAAUAAUUUUACAUGUCACACAUUAGUAUAUACAUAAGUAUCACAAAAUAUUAUUAUUACUAGCUGUUAUCAUUGUUAGGUACAGUUUAGCAGAUUUGGUAAGUUAUAAUGGUACUUUUUCAUAUCUUAGUUUAGUAGUAUAAUUAGGUACAUAGUUUAAGAUUACAUCAUUUAGUUGGAGGUAUCAGUGGUCCUUAACAUAAAUUCACUUAUUGUGUAGCACGCUAACCCAAUUAAAAUUUUCUUAAGUUUACUUUCAAAUAUUGCCUCACUAGUUGAGUUAAUGACCUCUUUCGGUAAAGUGUUAUAAAUCUUUGCACCCAUGACAACGAGUGACUUCCGAGUCUUUGCCAGUCGGCAGCGCGGGACCAGCAGGAGAUGCUCGCCACGCGUGUUGCGGCCGUGGUUCUGCCCGCUGGUUGUAUAUAGCCCGAGAUUUGCCUUCACAUAUUUACAGGCCUUUAAUAUAUAAACACAUGGUAGCGUGAGGAUCCUGUGUUCCUUAAAUAAUGACUGCGCUGAAUAAUCAUUAGGCUUGCCCGAAAUUAUCCUAAGGGCACGCUUCUGUAGUGUAAACAGUCUAUUGCAUUCGGCUGCAGUGGCCCACAGCUCUACACCUUGAAUCAGUACCUUAACUUAAGCAUGUGGGUUUGCGAAUGAGAGCGUAACUUUUAUUUUAUGGGAGCGUCUUUCUGGAGGCGGUUUAGUGUGACUUAACACUUUCACCGCUGAGCUACUGUCGUAGCGCCGUAUCGUAGCCUAUAACAUGGAUGUCCCUGUAUGUAGCAGAAAUGCUUUGUAACGGCAAAACGACAACAUGUCGUGAUUAGCGCUGAAUGGGUUAAGCGACGUGUUUCAAAUAGACAAUAAUAAAUGUACAACAAUCAAAUAGGGAUUUAAUUGUAAGUCACACAUAUGAUAAUGAUAAGCAUUCGAAUCCCAAACUGCAUUACCAAAACAAAUGACUCAAUUAGUUUUUAAUAUUUAUAAUAAAAUUGGUAACUUACCAGGAGGGCAAUUCGAACUCGCAAUACUACAGUAGGUACAGAUAAGUAGUAAGAGCGAAAUACACACGCGAAUUAUACCAAAUGACAUCAAUUUCAUAUCAAAAUGUUCUUUUGAAUUGGUCUUCAGUUUUGACAUUGCGUUAGACGUCGUACCUCGAACAGUUCAUCAAGAUGAUAAGGUACUUCAUGAAGGCAUGAUGUUUAUUUAGUCACCUGCAAUAAUUUACGAGGUACAUAUAUAGGUCAUAAUAAGCAACUUUUAUUAUGGAACCAACCCCGAAAACACGAAAAUUUUUUUACUAUACCAUAGAAAAAGUCAAGUUGCUUAGUAUGACCUAUAUAUUCACCACGUUAAUUAUUGCAGGUGACUAAAUAAACAGCCUAUAUAAUCCAUAUUAUAUCGAUAAUAGCCGCUCGUCACACACACUUACAUAUAAUACUGAUGUUAAGAUGUUAUAAACAAACUUGUGCAUUUAUUACUUUAUACCAGCAAAAUGAAAUAACUUUAAAUAGCGGUGUACAUUGCUUUGAGUGUUCCAAUGUUCCCAAUUGAAAAAUUAGGUAGUUUGUUAUUGUACAUAAUAAUAUCAUCUGAAAUACAGUAAUUUUAUUAAAUAAGUAAUGGUAACUUAUUUCUGGAUGUAAAUUGUAAAUACUAUUCUGCUAAGUGUGCCAAUGCGUGUAGUCAAGUUCAUUAUUAAUAUAAUGUGCUUUGGGGUAACUUCGAAAUCGGUGUAAUUUUUUAAAUCGCUAAUAUUGGGUAGUAACCCUGCCUUUGAAGUCGAUGGUCCUGGGUUCGAAUCCCGGUAAGGGCAUGUAUUUGUUGUAUUUGUUCCUGAGUCCUAGAUGUUUUCUAUGUAUUUAAGUAUUUGUAAAUUAUAUAUAUCGUUGUUUGAGUAUCCACAACACAAGCCUUCUUGAGCUUACCGUGGGACUUAGUCAAUUUGUGUAAGAAUGUCCCUAAAGUAUCUAUUUAUUUUUAUUUGUAAGUGUUUCAGUUGCGGAAGUGCAGUGCUUCUAGUUAGUUUAGAAGAUUUUAUAGAUAUUUCAAUAUUACCCCGUUGUUGAACUUAUCCCAAUGCAUCUUAUAACUUUCUGAAUCAUAUCAAUCUUCUAUCCAUGAAUCCGUUUCAUAAUUUUAUUUACUAAUACGAGUAAUAAAUUGUUUUUAAGUAAUUACGUAAAUCUGUAACAACUAAAUAGACUUUAAUGAAAAGUGUUUUUAGGAUUUUGUAGAAUGUUAAAUGGUCGUAAAAUAUCUCAAAUUGAAUACCUAGUUGUUUCAGUGGAAGAUGUUUAUUCAAAUAACAUUGACGAUUAAAAUGUACAUUAUAAUAGUAACAUAAACAUAAUAAGGUAAGAUAUCCUGAUGUAUAAAGUUGCCAAAAAAUCUAGUUAAUAUAAUAUAAUUAUUGCAUAGAGAUAAGAUGUAAUGUAAUUAUAUUGGGAAACAAGACGCUAUUUUGUAUUAUAAAAAUCCGUAGUUUAUAGGAAACUAUUGUAAUUUAUAUGUAAAAAAACUAUUUUGAUGGACCUCAUUAAUUUUCAAGUGUCUUUAAAUGUAAAUCCAAAAGCAUGGUUGUAUUUAUGAUGUGUAUGGAUAGACCAUUUUGACGACUAGGUCAAUAGUUUACGAGUAGCCAUUUUCCGUGUAAGUAUUUCUAUGUUCUGUACGGCCAAGAUGGUCGGCUCUUUAUCAUUUGUCACCAUGCCUGUCACGUUCUAACAAGUAUGUAAGUGUGAAAGUGACCCAUGGCAUGACAGGUGAUAAAAAUUCGACCAUGAUACCGCUGCAGAUCAGUGACAAUGGCCUUUGAAUAUAUUAUAUUAAAAUCCAAUCUCGCUCUAGCUCUUAAACUAGUACCUACACAAUAGAAUCAUUCAUAGCAUUAAGUGUAAAAAUGUGACAACUUUGUAGAUAAUAAAGGUAAAUUUUAUCAAGUUAAAAGUUAAUUCCUGUAACAUUUGAUUUCCAUUUUGCCGUCUUUGUUAUUCGUAAAUGAUUCCAUGUUUUAAAUUUUAUCCUCAGUGUCAAUAGUUGCUAGAGCUAUAUACAUUAACUGUAAUAAAAACGUUAAAUGUACAUUAUGUACAGUAAUAAUUAACGGGCUGCUGAUGUUUAAAGGUCUAUCACUUAACUAAGAUGACACUUUUUACGCGGUAGUUUAAUUAUAUUUACAGUAUUAAUUUCUUUUUUCUACUGCGGUGGGCAGCGUGUUUGCAUUUCUAUCACCUGUCACUAUGCCUGUCACUUUCGCACUUACAUACUUGUUAGAACGUGACGGGCAUGGUGACAGGUGAUAAAAAUCCGACCAUGCUUAGCCCACAGUAUUCUUAUUUGCCGAUUAAAUGACUGCCAGUGAGAUCGAAAUCAACUUCAUAAGAAGCGCGGCGCGCGGAGCCCCGGCGCCCCUGUCUAAUAGGGUCCUAACAGCAGUGUUCAUAGAUAUAUUCAUAAAAUAUUAUGAAACUAUUGUUUUUUUUUUAUUCUGAGUCCUAGGCAAUGAUCUACAAACCAUUCUAGAUUUGAUUUUAUUUAUAAUUUUUCGGUGUUUACUGCUGUCUUAGAAAAAAUAUUGUAUGCAACAGUACAUUAUCAGGGUCUUAAAAUUCUCGGGCUUGUCUUUGCAAAACUCAUCUAUUUGUAGUUUCGGCCCUUGAAUUUUAAGAACCCUUAUUAUGUACCUGUUGCACAAAAUACUAUUAAGUACUUAUUUCAUUUUUACUGACACAUACGCAGCCCAUGUAAAACGUUACGUAAUGUUAACUAUAAUAAAUAUUUUUUACCAGCCGCUUAAGUUAAGUGGUAGACCAACACUUAUCCUGACAUUCAAUAACUUUGCAUCUCCAAUGGAUUCAUCAUUUAUACCUAUAUAAAAUGUAAAGGUUUUUUAAAUGUUGCUCUUACGUGCGUUUAUUGUGUAUAACGAUAUUGUGACUGUGAAACAGAUUUUAUAUAAAUAAAUUCUAUGACUUAAA